AUGAUUGGAAUCAAUAAUAUAUUAAGAAGAAGUUAUUCAACUACUACUUCAACAGCAGCAGCAGCAGUUAAACAACAAUUCAGUUUCAUUGGAUUGAAUCAACAUGUCACUUUCAAUGCACCGGUUCUCAAAUCGAAUGGCACCGUGCUUGUAAGUCAUCAGGUUGAGGAGAAACCAUUCGUUCCAGUGGGCAUCCAGAAGAAGCCACUGAAACACACAUUCACAGAGGCACAGAUUGGCGAGAUGCAGCAGCUGCGUAACGACGGCCAAUCACAGAAGAAGGUUGCCGAGAAAUUCGAGACCACACCAUACAUCGUUGGACGUCUCACCAAGGUGUCGCCAGAGAUUCGUCAGCGUCUCAUCGAUAACCACCAAAUCAGAGCACCAAAGGUCGCAGACUCUGAAGAGACCAAAAAGAUGCGUGUCGAUCUCUGGACUGCAAAGAAUCAGCAGCGUGAGUACGACAUGAAGGUGAUAAAGGCAGCAAAGUCCUACGAGGAAAUCAAAUACUUUAGAAGAGCAAAGCACGAGAUUGCAUACAUGGCCAAUGAGGAGACCUACGACGCCAUGGUGUCGGGUCAAGAGCUGUUGAAACCAACACUCGAAUUGGACGAAGACGAUCUGGAACAACGUAAACUUAAAGAGGAGAAGAAGAAAGAAAAGAAGAAAUCGACCGCUCGUCGUCGUAGUUACAUCACCGAUAAAGAAAAGGCAAGAGUAAACAAACAGAAGAAGGCAAAGGCUCAAAUUUUAUCAAUGAUGGACGAUUAA